AUGAAGUAUAAUGGCGCCAGUAUUGUCACUGAAUCCAACAGUGUCAAUAGCCAGGAUGAUGACAUCCCGCCCGUUCACCGAGAAGAUAACAUUCUACUCCGGAAGCUUGGCUACAAGAGCCAGUUUAAACGGGAAUUCUCGCUGCUAGAGACAAUCUCAUUCUCGAUGGCUAUCAUGGCUGCAUCUUGUGGUGUUACUACCGGAUAUUCAUAUCCUUUACUUUCAGGAGGCCAUUUUGCCAUGGUGUGGGCAUGGCCCAUAGCGUGCAUAUUCGUCAUGUGUGUUGCUGCCUCGAUGGCAGAGCUGGCUUCUUCUAUGCCAACAAGCGCUGGGCUGUAUUAUUUCUCAGCGAAAAUGGCUUCGAAGGAACGGUCUGCUCUCACGUCUUGGAUAACCGGAUGGAGUAACAUCACAGGGCAAGUGACCUUGAUUUGCUCCAUUAACUUCAGUUGCACGGAACUUAUUACCACAGCAAUCGCAAUAGGCACUGACGGUGCGGUGGUCUUGGGAUCGGGUGCUACGUUUGGUAUACUGAUGGCUAUCCACCUCAUGCAAGCUAUUGUCUGCUCGGCUGGAACUCGUAUUCUCGCCCGAAUGACAGUUGUAACUAUGGUACUUAUCCUGACCACAUCGAUUGGUGCAGCUAUCUCCUUACUCGUUUGCGCCGGCGAUCAGAGAGUUUCGUCGAUAGAUGCGUGGACAAAGUUCGAGAACAACACCGGAUGGAGUAAUAAUGUCUGGGCUUUCAUUCUCGCGUUUACAUCGCCAAUGUGGUCAUUGACCGGCUAUGACUCUGCUGCGCAUAUCGCUGAGGAAACCGCAGGAGCUGCACGUGCAGCACCCAUUGCAAUUUUGGUUGGGGUCGCCGCAACCGAGAUCCUGAGCUGGCUUUAUUACAUCGCUGCUUCUUACGCUACAACGUCGGUUCCAGAUAUCUUGCAGUCGAAACUAGCACUCCCUCUCGGCCAAGUUUUUUUAAAUGUCUUGGGGAAGAAAGGUACUCUGACCCUCUGGUGCUCUAUCGCAGUGUUGCAGGAAAGUUACCUUUGUGGAUGCUCACAAGUUGUCGAUGCCUCACGUGUCAUUUUCGCGUUUUCUCGCGACAACGCUCUUCCCGGCUCGCGAUGGUGGAAGCGCAUCAACCACACGACUGAGACUCCAGUGAAUGCUGUAUGGUUUGCGAUAGGGCUCUCUGCCAUUUGCGGGACCUUAGUAUUUUCCACAGCAGCAUUUAAUUCAUUGGCCUCAGCAUCUGUAAUAGGUUUAUAUAUCUCAUAUGUGACGCCCAUCUACUGUCGUGUUACCUGGGGAAAGGACAAGCUACAGCCUGGCCCAUUCAAUCUCGGUUGGUGGUCUUUUCCUAUCGGCUGGAUAGGUAUUGCCUGGGUAGCAUUCAUGGUCGUCAUGCUGCUCUUUCCGUACACACAGACAGCAAAUGUGGAAACCAUGAAUUAUUCCAUAGUGAUCGUCAUGGCUGUCUUUAUAUUUGCCGGAGGAUCAUGGAUAUUCUCAGCGAGACAUUGGUUCACAGGACCCAUCCCAAACAUAGACAUGCAGAACGAUUCAUCGUUGUAUUCAGAAAAACAUACCACGAAGCGAAAUAGUUCGGGGAUAUAG